AUGUCAUUCUCUGUGACCUGCGUCUGUCAUGGCGGCCAGUACAUUCCUGUACUUUUCAUUAUUCGUAGCCAUCCAGUUGAUAUAUUUGGCAAUCAGCCUCUCUGUAACCUCGACAAAAAUGACUCACUGGCAACUCAUUGGUUGUCUGCACGCGAACAUACGCGGGAAUCUCUUAGAGACUCUCACGAAAGCGACGCUAUCUUCUUUUCACUGCAUUGUCGCUUUUUUUUUAUUUCCCGUCAUGAUAUCUAUCUAUCUAUCUAUCUAUCUAUCUAUCUAUCUAUCUAUCUAUCUAUCUAUCUAUCUAUGCAUCUUUCUUUUUAUUCCUAUUUAUCAGUCUGUCUUUUAAUUCAUAUCUAUCUAUCUAUCUAUCUAUCUAUCUAUCUAUCUAUCUAUCUAUCUAUCUAUCUCACCUGUAUAGCAUUGGAACGGCAUUUCAAUAACAAAUCUCCCUCUCCCCCCCUCUCUCUCUGUGUCUCUCUCUCUCUUUAUGAAUCUAUCUUAUUAAUUUAUAUACCUCUCUCUUUAUCUUUGUCUGCUAAUAUCUAUCUAUCUAUCUAUCUAUCUAUCUAUCUAUCUAUCUAUCUAUAUUCUUUUUCUCGUCUGCUUCUAUCUAUCUAUCUAUCUAUUUAUCUAUCUAUCUAUCUAUCUAUCUUUUCUUUUUCUCGGUCUCUCUCUCUCUCUCUCUCUCCUCUCUCUCUCUCUCUCUCUCUCUCUCUCUCUAUAUAUAUAUAUAUCCAUCUAUCUAUGGAACAAGAGAGCUAUAUUUUCUGCAUCUAUCUAUCUAUCUAUCUAUCUAUCUAUCUAUCUAUCUAUCUAUCUAUCUAUCUAUUUCGGUCGCUUCAUAUCUAUCUAUAUGAAAUUGACAUUUAUACAACCGACCUAUUCUCUUCUCAAUUGUCAGAUGCAACAAUGGUUCUCCUCCCUUGCUCAUCUUAG